CGGAAAAUACAACAAGUGAGUGAACUGUUGCUCUAAAAAUAAAGUCGCUCUGCAGCUGGAUUUCUGCAAGGCGAAAGUCUGUAAAAGUAAGCAUAUUUAAUUUUAUUGGAAGAAGCGCAGCGACUUUGAAUUACGUUAAUAUCCCCCCCUUUUUUAUUCCCUCCGUGUCUGCUCGGACUGCCUGUGAGCGCUGCCUUGAGCAUUUUGGACGGUGCGAUCCUGACACCAUGCAGGAGUACUGGAUGAGAUGCUGCAAGUUUAAAUAUUAGUGUGAGUUUGAGUUUGCAACACAGUGCAACUUCACACGAUGCGUCUCAGUCUUUGAUGGAUUUCACGCCGGUCCUAGACCAGUUUUCCUGCGGUGUUUCCAUCUGAAUACGUAGCAUGAAAAAACACUGAGAUCCGGGGAGAAAAGCGAAAAGGAAAGGGGAACAAAAACAAAACAGAUUACAAGAGAUUCAUUAAUUUUCUAUGAUGCUGUGAUAAAAUCCUCAUCCAAGCUACGUGUAAAACAAGAGUUUCCACGUUCAAUCCAAUUUGGCCCGCCUUUUCCUCAGAAUUAGCCUUUUUAUGACCUGUAAAAAAUCUGCACUUUGAAUGGAGGAGUAGACUGCUGAUAUAAAUCUAACCCAGGCUCCAAAAACAACAUAUAGCCAGAGGCGUGAGCCCAUCAACAAAACACACACGGGUAGGAAGGAAGAAAGGAGCAGAGAUUUUGUAGUUUCCUCAUUCUUCUCUUUCGUAUUCCUGGACAGACAAGUGAAGCGCCCUUCCCCGUAUGUGGUGGGUGAGAUGAACUCCAGUGGGAAUACUGUAGACCCUACCUGACAGCUCUCUGCCUGAGCAACUGAAAGCUUUUCACUGGAGCCUCCACAACCACAGAGUUGGAUAAAAAAAAUUAAAAAGCAGUGUCCCAAAAUCUCAAGGGUGAUGCUAAUUUCUGACAUGGACACAUAAAAUAUUUGUUAUUUUUGGCUUGCAAAAUGAUUUAUUAUGUUUAGACUGACUUACAAAUUGAAGGAUACAAAACAAAUGUACUGAGCACCAAGAGAUGGUCAUUCUCCCUCCGACUUCUGAUUUUUUUCUGUGUGAGACUUGCCGGCCCCGCUCCUAGAAUAGCCCUCUGUUUUUUUUCUCUGACCCACACAAUUACAUAUUUUCCUCCUCCACCUUCUCGAUCCACUAGUUACUUUCUACCCAGAGUUCAGCCUGGCUGGCACAACCAUUCCAGCUAAGGGGGAGGAGGACUUCCUCACGCUGGCUGCCUCCCGGCUCAGUCGCAAGAAACGUGUCAUCGGGGCUGGAGUCGGCGUGGCCAUGGUCCUGGUCCUUCUAGUGGCCAUUCCCCUAUUGGUCCACACCACCAAGGGGGGAGGGUCCGGAGGAGGAGGCACGCAUUACGAGAUGCUUGGGAGCUGCAAGAUGGUGUGUGACACUUUCACCCCCCCACAGGGAGAGCUGACAGCUGUCUCCCCUCAGCCCCCUGACUUCCCAAGCCGCAGGGGCAAACAGGGGUUCAGAGGGACCCCUGGACUUCCUGGUCCUCCAGGUCCUAAAGGGCCCCCCGGAGAGCCCGGCAAGCCCGGCCCACCUGGUCCACCAGGGCCAGGACCCGGUGGCUACGGCCCAUCCUUCUACAGUCCCAAAAUCGCCUUCUACGCAGGCCUCCGGAAACAACACGAAGGGAGUGAAAUACUGAAAUUUGAUGACGUGGUGACCAACGUAGGGAACUACUAUGAGCCGAGUACCGGCAAGUUCACCUGCCCUCUACCUGGCAUCUACUACUUCACAUACCAUGUCCUGAUGAGAGGAGGUGAUGGGACAAGCAUGUGGGCUGACCUGAAGAAGAACGGACAGGUCAGGGCCAGUGCAAUUGCUCAAGAUGCAGAUCAGAACUACGACUAUGCCUCAAACAGCGUCAUCCUGCAUCUGGAUGUGGGGGACGAAGUGUGUGUGCAGCUGGACGGGGGCAAAGUUCACGGCGGCAACACCAACAAAUACAGCACCUUCUCUGGCUUCCUCAUCUAUCCUGACUGACAGUGUACUCACAUUUAUAUACUCUCUUUCUGUAAUCAAGCAAAACGCUAAACGUUUCCUCUCUUUUCUGCAUCUAACACCCCAUGUUUCCAUAAUGUCAUUUGUCAUUUCAAUGCAGUUCGCAAAACAUGAAAUAACAUGAUCACAGUUAACAAAUAGAGUUUGAAGAGAACUUAAAAUGAGUAUAGUAUUGUAUAUAUUACCAGUAAACAUUUACUUCUGAUACACACACUUGUGUUAUCAUUAUUCUGUGCCAUGUACAGUAUGUGUAAGCAUGGCUAAAACACAUUAUCUCUUUCACUUGCACUCAUUCACUUGUGCGCACACACACACUCACACACACACACAGGCACACACACACACACACACACACAGGCACGCACACAUGAAUUGAACUUCUCAUAUCAGUUGUUACACUGAGACAAGUUGACCAUUUCAGCCACCGGUCUGAAAUCGACUGAAAUUAUCUCUGAAUGUAGACUGUAAAUCGAAGUGUGUGUACUCUCGCCUUCACUGUGACAUGAAUUUCCAAAUGAGAAAAGUCAUGAAUAUAUUGAUCGCAGCUGAUAAUGCAACCAAUACCAUGAACAUAAUCCAGUGUGCUGCAUGUGUGUGUAUAUGUCCGUGAGUAAGCGUGUGUGUUUACCCUUCCGUUUGUGUUGAGGCUUAAAAGCGUCACGUUGCUGUUAGUUUGACAUGUCCCUGACUCCUGUUAAGAGAGGGGGUGUCAAGUUGACGGUAACAAUCCCUUAACACACACAGUAUAUCGAUACUGAGGUUUAGCUUUGAGAUUUUCCCUGAGCCAGAGCUUAUGACAGAGCCUCAUCAUGUCUUGCUAAUGAGCUGAGGCAUCCUCAUCCUCAUCUGUGCAGUCACACUCGCCCCUGACACCCAUAGUUUGCUGUAUAACUAUAUCUGAAAUAGUUUGAGAUUUUGGGAAGUGUCUUUGCUUUCUUGCAAAGAGUAAGAUGAAAAGAUUGAUACCGCUUUCAUAUUUUUCCGUUCAUUGUAAUGCUACGGCCAGCAGCUGGAUAGCUUAGCGUAGCAUAAGGGCUGGUUCAUGCUUGAAAGGAAACUGUUUGUAAGAAGUGUUAUCCAACCACGUUGGAAAUCAAAAGUGUUUAUAUCAGUUCAGAGUGGCCGCACUGGAAGGCGGUGUAAAAAUCCUGUAUAUCGUUUAAUUAUAGGGAUAACUGCACACAUUUUCAGUCUCUUCAGACUUUCACAGUUCUGCUCGCGACUCGUUCAUAUGAGAGAAAUAGUUGGGUAACAAAAGGAAAAAAGAAAGCUAGAUGUUCAAAUUCUGCACAGCUGGCGGGAGUGGUAUCCAUCACAGGUGUCAAACUAUUUCUUUAAUUUUACUGCAAAUAGACCCUUUGAAGAUUUUUAUUUAAAUGCAGGUGACUGUUGAUGUUGAUGUUUUACUGCCAUAUGCCAUACCUAUAGGUUUUCUGUGCCUUACACUAUCUUUUUCAUUUUGACUUUCUAAUGCAUGACACAGUUUCCCUUGUUGAGUCCAGGCUUUCUGAGCAGGCUGAUCCCUACACUGCAAAUAGCAAUCUGACGAGGAUUUCUGAUGAAAACCUCCCCAAUACAGUCAGUCCAUGCAAAAUGUUCACCAACUGAGGACAAUGACCGUGAGAGUUUGUGUGGAACUGGAUGUUACUCACUGCUGUAAAUAAAAGCCCCGAAAAUGGUGACCCAGGUUCAUUCUGUAUGGUGGGAACCACCUGUGGGUACGAACAACAGAAGCAUGUCACUGUGUCUUUCAAAAAAAUUAUAAAUAUGUUUAUGUAACCAAAUUAUUAUAUCUAACAGUUCUAUUUUUUUUUCAUGAUAUAAUGCUUAGACAGGUACAAUAUAAUGCUUCUGUGAGCACAUCUAUUGUAGUUUAGUGCCACUGAAGAAGAGAGCUUCAUAUUGUUCCAAAAAUACACUUGAUAAAAUAUGUGACAGAGACUUUAUUGUCCUAACAAGUGACACAGAUCCAUCUUUGAAGCCUGAUAGCAUGACUGUACCCUGAUGAGUUUUGGAUGUGAACCCUUCUGAUCAACUCGUCAUUCUUGUGCUGUGAUUGAAAACCACCCUGACGUUGUAUAUUGUACACAGACAUUCCUCCUGAGUGGCUUCACAUUUCCUCUGUGCCAUGCUGCAUCCUGCUGUGUGUGUGUGUUUUCCUUUACCUUUGUUCCCGAGCAGUGUGGAUUCAUAGUUGUCACUGUACUUUGCAAGCUGAGUUGUGUGUAUUGUUAUGUAUGAUAUCAGCAUAGAUUUUCCUCUGCCCUUGAAGACCAUGAAACACAAUAAAAAGAGAAAAUUCAGGAUUAUUUUGCUGUCAGUGAGUCAGAGUAAAACUACUGCUUUCUUUAUUUUAUUCUUUUUCCUUUUGUUCUUUAUUCUCUUCUGGGAACAUUGCAGGAACUCAGCAGGCAUUGACUUCUGUUUUCAGUGCUGGGGGUAUUUUUUGAUUUAAUCUCAAGAUUUUAGCAGCAUUAGUCAAAACUUAUCAUAGAGUUAUGUGCACAUAUAGAAAUAAAAAAAAAACAGCUGACAAACAUCUUCCAGUACGUCAAACAAGAGCCAACAAUAACCUACUUGCAUGUCCUUGUUUCCAUUGAUAAAGAAUAAAUCGUCUGAAUUUG